GAGCUUCCUUCCUUGUUUAAGCUACAGCUUCCAACUCAUGAGGAGUUCGUUGGGCAGUCCAUCUGCAUUGGACAAUGAAAGGCCAGUGUUAAUCAGACCAGAGUCAGCCUCAGCUGGAGAUCAGCCCGACUAAGUGGAGCCCAUAUCUCAGCUCCCCACGACCAUCCCCCGCCCACUCUCCCGUGGCCAUGUCGGGCCCACCCCCGGGCCCGCCUCGUCGCUCAGAUGGGCGUCGCUCGGCCGAGAUGAGCGCUCAACAAGAUUGGUUAGCGGCCAAGAAGGCCGAAAUCGAGGCCAAGAAACGCGUGGGUCAGGCGCCUCCGCAUCCCGUCCCGGCGCCACCCGUGGUUGCGGCUGCUCCUCCGCCCGUGGUGGCUACAGGCAGUUCUUUGGUCCCGGACACGAAACCCUCGGUGCCGAGCUUACCCUUCUCCAAUGAUGGCAGCUUUCUGGAGCAAUUUAAACGCUUGCAAGAGCAGCAAAAAUCCAAAGCCAACCCUGCGGUCAAAGUUGAGCCCGUGGUGGCUCCACCUCCGCCCCUCAAAAAAGUCGCCUCCACCGUCAAAACGGAGCCUGUUCCUGGUCCCUCAUCCCAGAGUAGCGGUCCAUGGUUCAUGAGCGCUUUGGAGCGGGCCAAACAGAUCGCUCAAUCUUUCAGUCAUCCAGUCUCUCCUCUAGAAACGGGUCCCAGUUCGUCCUCUAGUGUCCCGGUGGAGAACAAGUUUGAGAGGCCGUUGCCCCAGGUGGCCGAUGAACUGGCCUCCCUCGUGGCCGUCAAUGGAGACCAUGUCGAGGCCAUGGCUCGCGAGCGUAACCUCGAGGAGCGGGAACUCCUGUUCUUGCAGGACAGUCAAAGCGAGCUGUAUCAACAGUAUCGAUCCAAAGUGGAGGCCCUUCGCUCUGGGAUGAAAGAUGAAAAGAAGAGAGCUCGAAAAAGUCGUUGGGGUGCCCAAGAAGAAAAAGUCGAAGAAGUAAAGCAAGAAAGCGAAUCUCUCGGAAAAGGUGCGAUGAAUCGAUCUCCUCAUCUGGUUCAAUAUGCCAUGAAAGUAUUUGGUUCCGCGGAUUUGGAGGAUCAUCAAUGGAAACAAUGCGAAGAUCAAAUGAAGAUGAGUGCAAUAUACCAAGAAAUGCUGAAGAAGCAAACUCAGAACGAAGCCAUGCUCCAAUCCGGAAAGCGAAAGUACGAGUACGAUUCCGACGAAGAAACCGAGGGUGGAACAUGGGAACACAAGGCCAGGAAGUUGGAAAUGGAGAAAACCUCCAACAAGGCCGAAGAAUUGACUCAAGCCGCCAAAGGAAGACAUCACAUCGGAGAUUUUCUCCCUCCAGACGAGCUGAAAAAGUUCAUUGCCAAGUAUGAAGCCAUUCAAAAAGGAGAGACUUUUGACGAGUCGGAUUAUGUGGAGAACAAGAUCAAGGACGACAACAAAGGGUUCAAAAUGCUGCAAAAAAUGGGCUGGAAUGAGGGAUCUGGUCUUGGAUCCACUGGGCAGGGUAUCACCGCACCCAUCAAUCAAGGCAACCAAAGCGACGACAAAAAAGGUUUGGGAGUGACUCGUCCGGAUUCUUUGGAAGAAGGCGACGAUGAGUUCGACGCAUAUCGGAAGCGAAUGAUGUUGGCCUAUCGAUUUCGACCUAAUCCCCUGAAUAAUCCAAGGAGAGCAUACUACUAGGAAGGCGUUGAGAAUGUGUUACGACUUAAGCAGCGUUGGUUGAUUUGUUGCAUUGUUCAACAAUCAUGGAAGCAAUACGUUACAGAAUGACUGAAGUAGUUUUGCCAAUUUGCUGUCUUGACACUGAACAACACUGAUAAUAUAUGUGUAAUAUUGA